CCGCUUUGCACAACAGAUAAACACAAAACAGCAUGGAGACGCUUCUUUUUCUAUUUCCUCAAUUCAACUACAUGGCCCCAAAGGAGGAAGCGUGUUUCAAAAUGUUUGGUCCACAACACUCGCAGGCACCAAAGAUGAAGGACGAUUUUAGCAGACAGAAAGACAAGGAGAGGAAGAGCCGACUCAGCCUUUUUCUCACCAAGUCGGGCUCUCAUGAAAACGUCAGUCCCCAUAAAAAGACAAAUACGCCACCCAGCAACAUCUCACCAGAGGCGGCUUUGCAAUGGAGCGACUCCUUUGAAGAACUGCUGAAGCACUCAGAUGGGGUGGAAAGCUUCUCUCAGUUCCUCAGGACAGAGUUCAGUGAGGAAAACAUAGAGUUCUGGUUGGCCUGUGAAGAAUACAAGACCAUUGAUUCUGAGACCAAGCUGCUGUCCAAAGCCAAAUAUAUUUAUACGGUUUAUAUUGAAUCGGAGGCGCCUAAAGAGGUCAACAUCGACUACAACACCAAGGUGGCCAUUCAGAAGGUCAUGGCAAAGCCCACAAUGAGCUGUUUUGAAGCAGCCCAGAUAAAAAUCUACAGCCUGAUGAAAAAGGACUCCUUUCCCAGGUUCCUCAACUCUGACAUUUAUUUGGGUCUCACCAGGAAGAAAGGGCCUGGGGCCAACAUGUUUCGCAGAAGGUCACGCUCCUGUGUAUUCAAUGACAGGGGUGAGGCUACAAAUGAACCUUUGGCCUGGUAGAGAUAGCAUUUCAAUGUUGUCCCUCACUCUGUGAAAUAGAUUUUUAAAUAACAGAUGAGUAGCAUCAUAAUUGUUUAACCGCACUGUGCUAAUUAGCCACAGGUUUGCUUCUGCAGAUCGAGUGUCUUAUUUGCUUUCUUUUCUAGAAAUAGAUGAGAAUAUUGUUACCACUCUCAAGGAUGUAAGAUGAAUACAGCUACAGCCGUCUGGUUAGCUUAGCGUAGCAUAAAGACUGGAAGCAUAAGGAAAUAGCUAGCCUGGAUGUGCACAAAUCUCUAGCAAAUUACACCUAGCAUUAGGCGUAACAUGUUAUAGCUCUACUGUUUAAUCUAUUCAUUGACUGGAUAAAUUAAAUGAGGGUAGCCACCGGGACGUAACCCAUUGGAUUGCGGAGUUUGGCAUUUUAGCCUUCACCGUCUUGGUUGUCUGAGACCAGAAGUGGCCAUAUUUGAAUGAUAGGGUGAAGCUGAGGAAGAGCAGGGCCCUAAUGAGGAACCAGCUAAAGCUAGAGCUAGCUAGCUACUGACUUGGUUAGCAUUUAGCUUGAACAUAAGUUCAAGCUAAAUGUGGGAAGCUUAUUUUGUUUAAUUAAAAACAUGCUUAUAUUACAACACAGUCUCACGGCAUUUCGUGUUAUAGUCACGAAAU